GUCUUGCUGGCCUCCCCCGAGAUCCCGCCGGCCACCAAAAAGAUCCGCGUCAAGGCCCUGGGACCCGAGGUGCGUCGAGCUACCAAACGCGUGCGAGUCAUGUCGUUGCCGGGGGCCGGAGGCGCGGCGGCGGGGGCUGACGACGACGACGAGUUUGCCCAAGGACCCAUGGAGACCUUCUUGAAAACGCUUAUAAAAAGCAGCACGCCCCAACCCAAGGCCACACCCAAAGGCAAGCCGAAACUCCCACCCAAGCCGAAAAUCCCGCCCAAGACACCCAUCUCGUUGCCGUUACCGGCCGACGAUUGGGAAGAGGAAUUGGCGGAGCCCAUUCCCAGCACGUCCAAGAGGAAAGGGAGUGCCACGUUGAGCAAAGGCAAGUCGCCUCUCACGGUCUCGAGACCCCCCUUGACCGUCAAGAAACCCAGUCGAUUUGGACAGGCGGCCAAAGAGGGCAAGAAACUGGCCAAGGAAGUGCUGAAGUUGAAACGACAACCCGGCUGGAGCGAGUGGGGAGAAAAGGUGCAGCGGAAACUGCAUGGCAAGGACUACUAGACGCCGCCGCCGCCCCCGCGCGUCGCGCCGUGGCCGGCGUCGCAUGGUCGGUCGGGGCUUGGACGUGCAAAAAUGGUUGGCCAAGACAGGCAUCGAAUUUCAUUGGCCGGGGUACCAAUACAUGGGUCCAGGCACCCAUUUGGAGAAACGUCUGAAGCGCGGGGAUCCCGGCAUCAACCGGUUGGACCGCAUUGCGAAACAACACGACAUUGAUUAUUCUCACGCGCGCUCGCAUCAGGACAAGUGGAAAGCCGACGACAAGAUGAUUCGCGCCAUUCAAUCCCUCCCGGGAAAAAAGACCUGGACCGAAGGCAUCGUCCAAAAAAUCAUGCAGGCCAAACGCAAAUUGAAACUGUAA